UUCAUCUUCUCUUUUCGUCGUUGCUGUUCGGCUUCGUUGCUUUGCAGGUGUAUAGAUUGCACCGUCGGCUCCUUCGUGGCUAUUCGACUUCGCUCCUUAGACGACUUUCCCUUCCUGUCGGAUCGGAAGUCACGACAUUUUGAUCGGAAGCAAAAACGGGACCUCGCUGGCUGUGAAGAGUUCCGAAAGAGUCGAAGCUUCUCCGCCUCCUGCUCCUCCGACGUUGUUCCUGUUAGAUCGGAAGUCGCGCCGGGAGCUCGCCGCGAAGGACAUCUCACUUGUCACGUGACAAAAGUGGACUCAUAAUCUUAGUUGAAUAGAGAGAUGAAGGACGAAGUCAAAGGUGGCAAGGGAACGAGCUUCCCAGUGGAUCCAAAUCUCCCAAGGUGGGUAUGCCAGAAUUGCCGACAUGCUCUUUGUGUUGUUGGCGUGGAAUCCUUUACUGACAAGUUCUUUAAUGAUCCGUCUCGAUCUGGUAUGCAGGCUUCUUCAAUCCAAGGAAGCAUGCUGGGGUCUACCCGAAUGGACCAUUCAUUUGUAGUUCUUUCGAAACACAAGGCUCAAGGCCAUGGAAUCCCUCCUCGACCAAAAAGUGUGUUAUCUCAGCCUGAGGGAAUCCCUUCUGCAAAGGGAAUGGAGGAAUCAUUUGUUGUUUUACCACCUGCUGCAGCUUCUAUGUACAGUAGUGGUUCUACAUCAGAGGGAGGUGGAGCUCAUUUACCAAUUCCUGGUGUUAGCAAUAGUUCUCCCUUGCAGCCAAAUAAUUCUGGAUUCCACACAAGCAUUACCGCACUGAACAGGGCAUUUGAUAUCGCCACCUCCCAAACACAAGUUGAUCAGCCUGUCUGUUUGGAAUGCAUGCGUGUUUUAUCGGAUAAACUUGACAAAGAGGUUGAAGAUAUGAAUAUGGACAUUAAAGCGUAUGAUGCAUGCCUCCAGCGUUCUGAGUUGGAAUCUUAUGACAUCCUUAACGAUGCUGAUUUUCUCAAUGAGAAAGUAAAGAAUGAAGAAGAAGAGAGACGACUGCAAGCUGCAGUUGAAGAUACUGAGCGGCAGUUUGCUGAAGUUAAAGCUCAGAAGAAAGAGUUAGAAUCAAAAUCAAAGCUCUUUAAAGAACUAGAAGAAAGGUAUUGGCAUGAGUACAAUAACUUCCAGUUCCAGUUGGCGUCACAUCAGGAGGAGGGCGAUGCAAUUUUGGCUAAGAUAGAAGUUUUUCAAGCACACCUGGAGUUGCUGAAGCGGACCAAUGUGUUGACUGAUGCCUUCCCUAUAUGGCAUGAUGGGGAAUUUGGCACCAUCAACAACUUUCGACUUGGUCGUCUCCCUAUGACACCGGUUGAGUGGGAUGAAAUCAAUGCUGCUUGGGGUCAGGCAUGCCUAUUACUGCACACAAUGGCUCAGCAUUUUCGGUCAAAAUUUCAAUACGUAAUCAAAAUUAUUCCAAUGGGUAGUUAUCCUCGAAUAGUUGACGGCAACAACAACACUUAUGAACUGUUUGGUCCUGUAAAUUUGUUUUGGAGCACUCGCUACGAUAAAGCGAUGACACUGUUCUUAACAUGCCUCAAAGACUUUGCAGAUUUUGCCAAUGCAAUGGAUCGAGAGAAAAAUGUGCCUCCGGAUAAGUGCUUUAAACUUCCUUACAAGAUUGAGAACGACAAAGUGGAGACUUACACCAUAACACAGAGCUUCAACAAGCAGGAGAACUGGACGAAGGCUCUUCGAUACAUGCUUUGCAAUCUCAAAUGGGUCCUUUACUGGUUUGUUGGGAACACCUACUUCGAACCUUUAUCAACUUCAUCUCAUCAUUCUGAAGCUCCUGUGGUUAGGCCUCCUCACUCCAAACAAUCUCGCACCAGAACCUGAUGCUUGCUUUACAAGACGCUCUUAUUCUUCUCACUGCUACGUAAAUAGACCACAACAAAACAUUCGAGAAAAGGAUCAAAAUGAUCCAUUGACUCUUUACGAAGGAUCAUAAUGAUUCUUAAUUUUAUUAAAGUAUCAUUUUGAUCCCUCUACUCUUUAUAAAGCCGCCCAAAUAUAUAUAGUUCAUAGCAUUGGUCUCAAGGUGAUAUUGUUAUAUGUUUUUUUUAUUUAUUUACAAGCAACUAAAGGAACUCCUGUCUUUUGUUCUAGUUGUACAUAUGUGAAUAAAAUUUUUCUUUGUGAAAUGGUUUUAUUA